AUGUUCCUUCCAGAGACGUGUCGCGCAAUUGUGGGCAACGGAUCUGUGCCCAGCGGGAGGUGGAAUCGCUCCGGAUGGCAGGUUCUGAGCAGCACAUUCCGGCACGGGGGAGAAAAAAGAGUCCCUGAGCCAAAUUAUGACACCGUGCAAAAACGCAAACGUUGUCCUAAUAUCUUUGCUUCUGCACUGAUUGCCAUUGAGAAGGAACCUGCCUUCAUUUUCGCUUAUGGAGCAUUGCUGUAUUGCGGAUAUAUGGCUGUUCUGAGCACGUUAACGUCGCAACUCAAGACGCAGUAUAGCUUUAAUUCAAUACAAAUCGGGCUAUGUUAUCUUCCUCUGGGCUGCGGUAGUCUCACAUCUCGAUGGACGGUAGGGCUCCUCCUUGACUGGAACUUCAAGCGGGAAGCUGCACGACAGGGGAUGCCGAUAAUCAAGAACCGACAACAGAGCAUUGAGAAAUUUAACAUCGAGGUAGCUCAACUGGCAAUCACGAUCCCUUUUGUGUAUGGCGGCGCACUAUGUUUGAUCGCUUACGGCUGGGUAAUGCAAUCCAAGACUUCUCUUGCAGGGCCGAUGCUCAUGUUGUUUUUCAUGGGACAUUUGACCACAGGGGCCUCCAGCUCGUUGACUACACUUAUCGUCGAGGCGAAUCGUCAAACAGCUGUAGCCGCAACCAAUCUCUGGCGUUGUCUGACGGGUGCUGGUGCCGUUGCUGCAGCAGAACCGCUAAUUGAGCGAAUUGGCCUUGGUUGGACGGCUACGUUUAUUGCAUUCUUGUGGCUGGCGUUCAGUCCGUUGAUGUGGGCGAUUUACAAAUGGGGACAUUGUUGGCGCGAAGACCUGCGGAAGAGUCGAGUAAACGCAGUCUAA